AUAGUAAGAUUCAGUAAUCGGUAGUCGAACAUCCGUUAUCGUUACGCUCAUAUAGUAAUUACGAAUCGAACUUGUAGAUCGAACCUGACCUAGGCAGAAUGCGCUUCACCGUAGUCGCCGUUCUUUCGGUGGCACUUUUCGCCAUCGCUUUUGGAAGACCACAUUGUUGCGAUGAGAACAAGGUGUUCAACCAGUGUGGAUCAGCAUGUCCUGAGACGUGCGAAACGAUCGAACAUGAGGAACCCGAACCGUGCCCGGAGAUUUGUGUGAGUGGAUGCUUCUGCCGCGAAGGUUACGUUCUGGAUUCGGAUGACAAAUGUGUACUACCGGAGGAUUGUCCCAACAAUGCCACUACUUAUGCCUACUGAAGGGAGUGAUCGUGAAAGAUGGAAUCGCGGAAAUUCAUAUAAUACGAGUAAUUUAUUUGAUAUUGUGUGUCUCUACUUCUUUAAUUUUAUUUUUAAUUUAUCUUACCUUUAUAUAAAUAAAUGUUCUGUAACUUUUCCGUAAUUUAGUGUAAUUCUCUCGCGUGUGUUUUAAUGGCUAAUAUACGUUUGUCUUAAUAAAUUA